GGGUGGUGGGAAGGCUGGGGAGAGGGGCGGAGUGCGGCGAGGUUUGCGGUUGCCAGGAGCCCGCUGCUCUCUGGCGGGGAGCGCCGCGGCGCGCUCUGUGCAGGGAAUCUGGGUGAGCUGGGCCCGCCAGCAACGUAUCCACGCUCCUUGGGGUCCUCGUAGCAGCACAAUAUUAAGAUGGAGGACUAUGAGAAGUUCUGUGAAAAGCAUCUUGCAAGGAUCCAAGGAGAGUCGAUUCAAAGGGAAACGUCUUCAUCUGCUCAGAAGAAUAUCUCACUUAUUAAAUUCCAUGGCAUUCCUGUGCUUUCACCUCUGAUGAGUCUUGAGAGAAAAAAGGAAAUGCAGCAGGAUAAACAAAAAGCACUUGAUGUAGAGAUCUGGAAACAGAAUUCCAGGAAAAGAGCUUUACUAAAUCGUGUUCAGGAGAUCCUGGAAAAUGUGCAGGUCAGAAAGGUGUCUAGUAUGAGCGAUUUGGAUCAGUGGGAGCCUGAGAGUGGUGACUCUAAUUCAGAAUCAAAAGCCUCAAAUGGCUUCACAAUGCUCUCAAACAUCAAUUUGCCAAGUUCUAUUGAAUGCUGUGGUACUACAGACCUUGAAAAAACAUUGGAAAUUAUGCCAGCAGAUACUGCUAUCCAGGUUACAUCAAGUGGAAUAGACUCAGUUAGAGGCACAGAAGAACAUAUUCCUCCUGAACAAAGUGAGAGCAACCUCUCAGAAAACAUUGCUUGCCCAAAGGUUACAUCCCCUGAUAAAACACAAAAUACAACUACUUCAAAUGCACAUGUAAACCAAGAGCAUAUGGAGGUGCCACCAGCUGGUGAGGAAGUACCUGAUCCGUAUGUAAUGAGUCUUCAAAACCUUCUGAAAAAGUCUAGGGAGUACAUAGAGAGAGAGCAAACCAGACGUAGCAUAAGAAGUAAUUCAAAAAGAAGUGUUAAUGAAAGUCAUUCAGAUAAAGAAAAUGAUGCAGUUAAAACAAAUGUGUCUGGGAAAGAGAGAGCGAGGUUUACAGGCAGAAGUUGUACUCCUCUGACACUUGAUAAACCAAGUCUUAAUAAAUCAAAUAUUCUUCUCCAAGGUGCCUCUGCCCAAAUAAAUAGCGUGAGUACAUCAGCUUCACCCAGUUUUUCUAAAGUGGAUAUACCUACCAGAGCUGGAACACCCCCAGUUUUGGAUUCGGAUUCAGAUGAAGAAUUUAAAAAUAUCUCUACCUUUGAUCACGAUAGUAGUAUUGUCAGAAGCCUUACAGGUUCUUAUGCCAAAUUGCCCAGCCCAGAGCCAAGUAUGAGCCCUAAAAUGCACCGAAGACGCCCAAGACCUUCAUCAAUGGGACACAUAGUUAUCAAUAACCCUGUGAAUGCCUAUGAAUUAAGCCCUAUAAACAAGGGAAGAGCAAUUGACUUGAUCAUACAAGAUGUCACUGACCAAACGAAUGCAUCUGAACCUGUGCCAAAAUUCACUGCUGACAUCACUGCAGUUUGUUCUAGCAAAGCUCAUGUCAACAAGAAUUCUUCAGAGACGUCAAAUCACAUGUGUCAGCAUUCCAUUAGUCAACUAGAGAGCAAAGGAAUGAUGGUGUCUUCCAUAAUGGAGGGAAAACUGGAUAGCAGAAGGCCAUACAAAAUGGACAGUACUACUUGUACUGCAACUCCAAAAUUGCAUGAGUCGUUUGCAGUCAGUCAGUCGAUGGUGACUCAAAAGCUCGUAACUAUGAAUGGAAUCAAGCCAGAUAGUUUAUUAGAAAAGACCAUAAGUAAUUCACCCGUGGAACUCAAUAAAUCUUAUGAUGUAGAAAAUCCAUCUCCAUUACUGAUGCAAAGCCAGAAUAAGCAUCAGCAAAUGGAUACUCCAAAUGUUUCUUCUGGAAAUGAACAUUUUGUAGAAAAUGGUUUCGAAAAAGUGAAACGUAGGCUUGAUUUGGAUAUUGAUAGCUCACAGAAAGAGAACAACCCAUAUGUUUUAACAGAUGGAACAGAAGAACAUGGGAAGUGGAGGUUGCAAGAGCGAAGAUGCCCCAUAGGAUCUGUUUAUGGUAACAAGAAUGAAACCUCAGGCAAUAGUACCAACGAAGAAGAGAUUUUGAAAAAUAAACUCUUGGCUUUUGAAGAAAUGAGAAAGAGACUUGAAGAGCAGCAUGCACAACAACUAUCAGUACUGAUAGCUGAACAAGAGAGAGAACAGGAGAGAUUGCAGAAGACUUUUAAUCUGCAGGAGAUAGAAGAGCAGGAGAGAAGGCUAAAAGAAAAGAAGAGUGCUGUAGCAGACCUAGAAAUACCCAAAAUGACCAUUAACAAUGGGAUGGAACUGCAGUGGAGAAAAAUAAACGAAAGUGGCUUGUUGGAAACAAUGCUGACUGAAGUGGAGACAAUCAAUAACACAAACUCGAACAGCACUGGUAAAAGUUUUGCCAACACUACCAUGCCUAGUAGUUUUGGUUCAACAAAUGAAGCUCCAUUCUACCUCUGGGGACCAUCUGGUAGUGGAAUGUCAAAAAUAUCAGCAUCCAGGCUUAUUAGGGCCAAAACCAGGUGGUCUCAGGCCUCCAAUCCAGAGAUGCAAGUGAAGUUCAGUAAGAUCACUGCCUUGGCAAAGGGAUUUCUGACUCGUAGGCUCAUGCAAACAGAAAAAUUGAAAUAUCUUAGGCAAACUGUAAAAGAUACUAUGGAGUUCAUAAAAAAUUUUCAGUCUGAAGCUCCCUUAAAGAGAGGAACUGUUUCGGCGCAAGAUGCAUCCCUACAAGAAAGAGUGAUGGCUCAACUGCGAGCUGCGCUGUAUGACAUCCAUGAUAUAUUCUUUAUAAUGGAAGUAUCUGAAAGAAUGAAUAUUCUGCGUCAUGAUCGUGAAGUUCGCAAAGAGAAAAUGCUGAGGCAAAUGGCUAAAAUAAAGACUCCACGAGAGAGGGUGACACUUUCAACAGCUACACAGAAGUCUCUGGAUAGGAAGAAGUACAUGAAGGCUGCAGAAAUGGGAAUGCCAAAUAAAAAAUUAAUCAUAAAACAAAAUACUCCUGAAGCAAGAGUACUUCAGCCAAAUCAAGGACAAAAUACUCCAAUUCAUAGGCUUCUUUGCAGGCAAGGGAGUAUAUGCAGGAAGAAUCCAAAGAAAGAAGCCAAAUGUUGUGACAAUUUAAGACGACAGCACUCGCUCGGAUAAAGAAAAGGCUAUUUUAAUGCAAUAGUCUCUUCAGCAUCGGUUCAGAUCUUGCAUCUCCUAUAUGUAUGCUGUGAAUUGACAAACGUACACAUUUAACAUAUUUUGCAUAUUUUAAGGACAUACAAUAGGUUUUUAUGGAAUGAUGUUAAAGUUAUGGAGAGGGCUACAAAUAAGUUCAGUUCUUAUACUCAUGAAAACAAAUUGCAUGUUACAAACCUGUUAGGUAUUCAGAUUACUGCAUACAUAUGUCCACAUUCAAAAUGCUCUGCUGUAGAGAAGAAUAUAGUGCAACAUUGUUUAUUUGUAUCUUUUUGCCAUCUCUGACUUAUUCUUGUAUAUGUCAUGCACUUUUUUGUACUAUAGGAAAUAUAUUUACAAUUGCAUUUCAUACACGUUAGUCUGUAUAACUGAUUUCCUAUAUGUGUACAUAUUUUAGCCUUUUACCCUAAAAUUAGAGAAGUAGAAAAGAUAAUUUAUUCAACUGUAACAAUACAGUGCGUUUUUCCUCUGUGUAUUUGUUUGAGAACAGCAUCGCUGAGUGUAUCAUUACAUAUGAGUGUGCUAACCUCUCAAUUUAAAUACUAAUGACUGAUAUUGUUACACUCAUUUCUAUUGACUGUUUGCAAACAUGGAUCUGAGUUAAUUGCUGGCAUAAAUGUGCAAUUCUAUUUACAUGAAUGAAGUCGCACCUGUUCUCACGGGUGGUGAAUUUAGGCGACUAUGAUGAAACAUUCCAGGCAAUUUUUCCUCCAUACUGUUCACUGCAUUUUCUAAUUCCAAACUACAUUUUGAUCAAGAUGAAGUAUAAUUAAGAUGUAGCAAUUCUAUGACACUGUACAAGAGUUCCAGAAGGAAAGACUUUAAUUGUCCUCAGCAAUCAAACAGAUGACUGUUUCACACCAUUAUGUGUCUUAAGGUUUUAUUUUUGACAUUCCUAGAACUACUUUACUGUCUAAACAAGUAACUUGGAACAGUUUUUUAUAAAAAAAAUAGUACUGUCAUCAGUAACAGAUCCAAGCACUGAAGCCAUGCUUCCAUGUUCUGAGUCCCUAAAACUUUGCAAGACUUAACCUCCAAAACACAUGCUCCUGUUUGCCCCUGUCUUUUUGGCUAUUUCAGCCAUUAUGAAUAUGCUUCUUUAAAAAGAGGCUGCUUAGUAAUUUUAAUCUUGAUAAUGAGUUUCUUUGAAUCUUUCCUUGGUUUUCAAAUAAAAUAGAGAAAAUCUUGCCCCUGUGUAUAUCCAUCCUUAAAGGCAGGUAUUAUUCAGUCAAUAGCAUACUUGUGUAUCCCCACAGCUUUAAGGGUGGUAGAGAGGAGGACUGUUUAAACAAAAUAAAGGGUACGUAUUUAAUGAAAAUGUCAAAUUUUACUGUUUCACUAGUAUAAAUUUGCUAUAACUCUUAACUUUUGUGGAGUUAAUCCAGGUGGACAUUGGUAUAACAGCAGACUUGACCCAAAAUAUUAUCAAUAUUCAUUAAAUAUCUCAAUAUAAAAAUUAAAUAGGUGGAAGGAAAAAUGCCUUAAUACAAAAAUGCAUGUAUGAAUGAACAGAACUUGCUUGGGGAUGGCCUUAAACCCACAAGUUAUGGUUUGCAUCUACAAAUCAGUACCUUAUCCUGUACCUUUUGUUGCAUUAUUAUAAGCAAAUGUUACUUAUCAUGCAGUAUUUUAAACUGAGCCAGACGUACUUGAAAAAGAGGCAAUACUAAUAUGAAGAAAUAUUUAGAGGAGUAACAGAGUACUCGGUGGUUGUGUACUGUGGUCUUAUUUGAAGGCUCUGAGGCAGAUCCUCAGCUGGUGUUAAUUUACACCAGCUGAAGACCUGCACCUCUCUGCUUAAACACUAUUAUCCUUUAGUUUCCCCCCAUAAUACAAAGAUUUAUUAUGAUAAUCUGAACUUCUUGGAUUCCUAGUCAUUUUCAAAACUUUAUUUUUGUUCUUAAAUUUUGCAUUACUCUACUGUUAGUCUUUUAGAGGAAAACAUUUCAGGAAUAACAAAGUUAGAAUGACAAGUGAAAUGCAUCAUAUUUUAUUAAGAAUUCUAGAGUAUCUUGCAGGUGGCAACGUUAGACUGGCUUACUUCCUGUUGUAUGUUAGCUAAAAUUGAUUGUAGAUGUUUUCUGUACUGUUAAUUGGCAUUUGAGGCAAUACGUAAAAAGUAGGCUUAGUCUAAAUAUUUAAAAAAUGAAUGUUCAACUUUUGUUCAGGUUUCUUAACUAAACCUUUUUUACUUUAAGAAUGUUUCAAAGUUUGUGUACUAAAAUAUCAUCACAAAUUUUUUUUAACUUUCAUAAGGCCUUCUUGACAAGUGCCAGAAUUUUUUUGUAAUUUGAUAUAUUUUGUAUUUAUUUAUACAUAUUUAAUUUUCAAUUCACUUUAUUUUUGUGGAAUGUAAUGUCAUUAUUAUGAAGUGUAUUUAUUUUUUGUACUUUAUUUCAUUUUCACCAGUCAUGCCCCUUUCGUUAAAUAUACUGCAAAAUAAACUUUUUUUAAUCUUUCAA